AUGUUCCGCGGAUCUGCUAUCUUUGUCGACAAUGCGACAGGAUAUAUCUUCGUUCAACAUCAGAAAUCCCUGAACACCCACGAAACAUUAUGGGCCAAGGAAAUGUAUGAGGCGAAUUGUCGUGACCUUGGUGUCGUUCCUCAAAAAUACCGCAGUGACAACGCUGCUGUCUUCCACAGCCACGAAUACAAGCAACAUCUUGAAGCCUUCAGUCAAACUCAAAAGUUCGCUGGUGUCGGCCAACACCAUGCCAAUGGCAUCGUCGAAAAGGCCAUUCAGGACAUUCAAUCUACUGCCCGCACAUUACUCAUUCACCUUGCCAUCCGUUGGCCCGAACAAGCCGAUCUCGCUCUCUGGCCAAUGGCCAUUGACCAUGCAGUCUUCCUCCACAACCACCUCCCCGACGUCGACACUGGUCUCACACCCAGGGACAAAUUCUCCCGCCAACGUUGGCCCCACUCCAAAUAUCACGAUAUCCAUGUGUUUGGAUGCCCCACCUACGUUCUCGACAAGAAAAUCGCAGAUGGUAAGACUCUCCCCAAGUUCUUGCCACGCUCCGAACGCUACGUUCACCUUGGGUUCAGUCCUUUUCAUGCAAGCACAGUGCCGCUGGUCCUCAACCCUCGCACCGGUGAAAUCACACCCCAAUUCAAUUGCAUCUUUGAUGACUGGUUUGCCACAUUAUCCGCCAACGUUGACGAUGUCCCCACCUUCAUGGAGGAACAGUGGCAGCAUCUCUUCGGUGACUCCCAAUUUCAAUUUCCCACCGAUGAUAAUGAUCCUCCUUCCUUGACACCUCAAUCUCAAGUCCCCCUAUCUUAUGAGCCUUCCGCUCUUGAUUCCUUUGAACCUUCCACCAGCCGCUACGCCGGCACCCAACCUACCCUUUCUGAUCCCUCCGUUUUCCGUGAACCCUCCCAACCUUCGUUUGAGAGGGAGAGUGUGUCAGUUGAGAGGGAGCAGUCUCCUCCCGCCAAUAUUCCUACAUCCACAAAUACUGGCAAUCCUACUCCAUCACCCCUUCAGAGGGAGCAACAAACUCAGUCAAAGAGUCCCCAUAUAACGGCACGCGAAACUCCCAUUGACCUACCAUCAUCAUCAAUUCCGCCAACAUCAUCAUCCGGACCACCAUUGCGACGCAGUACACGAUCCACCAGAGGUAAACCGGCUCCCAUUCUCGAUCCCAACCCCCAUUCUAAGACCUACGUCUCCAAACCUUUGCCAUCCUCCAACUUGGCCGAGAUCAAUCCAUCAAACGAUCCCGACUUCAAUGACACCGAAAACCUCCAUUCGUUCCCAAAGGACACUCCAUUUCUUGCCAACGAGGAUCUGGUAUUGACCACCAGCCAUCCUUCAUACAGACGAUUCAAGACUCAACCAGAGUCAGAUGAUGGUGGUAUUUGUGGAUUCUAUGACCUCCAUUUCUCCUACCUUGGCUACACCACCACAAACACUCCCAAAUUUGUGUUUCUUGACAGCAAGGCACCACCUGAUUCGAUCGAAUUUCUCAAAACUGGCACCACCGACCCUGAUAUUUUAAGCUGGGAUGAAGCUAUGGCUGGUCCUGAUCGAGACAAGUGGCGUGAGGCUGCCUUGAAGGAGAUCAGAGCACUCGAACACAAGCGCACAUGGUUGGAAGCCCCAGAAUCCAAUGCCACAGUCAGAGUAAUUCCUGGCACUUGGGUUUUUCGAGUCAAACGCGCGCCAGAUGGAUCCAUCAUCAAAUUCAAGGCCAGAUGGGUAUUACGAGGUGAUCUUCAGGACCUGGACAUGGACACCACCGCUGAAGUCGUCGCUUGGUCCUCGGUCCGCACAUUUAUGGUCCUUAGUCUCAAGCUUGGAUGGGUCAUGAAGUCGAUCGAUUUCACCAAUGCCUUUCUCCAUGCCAAACUACCAGACAAUCUGGAAAUGUUUGCUCACCUACCAAGAGGUUUCUACUCUAAUAUGAGAAGUAUCACUGGUGAACGAACAGUACUACACCUCAAGAAGUCUACAUAUGGGACAACUAUUGCUCCAAGGCUAUGGUACGAACAUUUAAUGAAGGCAUUUCACGAGCUUGGAUUUGAAAGCUCCUCCUACGAUAAAUGCUUCCUUAUUCGCAAAGACAUGAUGAUUGUCGUUUAUGUCGACGACUGCGGUAUCAGCACUGACAAACCAGAGAAAAUCGAUGAACUUGUCAACCAGCUGAAAGAAAAGGGAUUUGAUUUGGAGAUUGAAGGCGACUUUGAAACGUUUCUUGGAGUCGAAAUUCGCCAGAUGAAGGAUGGUAGAUACCACCUCCUUCAAGAAGGGCUCAUCAAGAAGGUGCUCGAAGCCGCCAAGAUGACCGACUGCAGUCCCAAUCACGUUCCGGCUGCACCAACCCCACUAGGAAAGGACCCUAACGGAGAACCUUGGUCCCAACAUCCCUGGCGCUACAGCUCAAUCGUUGGGAUGCUAAUCUACCUCUGCACAAAUACUCGCCCAGACAUCAGCUAUGCAGUCUCCUGUGCGGCCCGCUUCAACAGCAAUCCAAAAGUCAGCCAUGCCACCGCCGUCAAGACAAUCCUUCGUUACCUCAAGAAGACAUCCGACAAAGGGUUGAUUGUGAACUUUAAUGGGACUCUUGACCUUGAAGCAUACUGUGAUGCAGAUUUUGCAGGACUGUUCAAAUCUGAGGCUCCAUAUGAUCCAGCAGUGUCUCGGUCUCGUGGCGGAUAUAUCAUUUUCCUUGGAGGAGUUCCUCUCAUUUGGAAAAGCUCGCUCUUAUCGUGCAUUACUCUCAGCACUCUCGAGGCUGAAUAUGUUCAACUUUCUCGCUCCAUGACGGUUCUUCUGGGGCUCUAG